AUGCUGAAGAACGCUGACCUGCAGCGUUUGCUGGAGAGCGACGGCGACGGCGGCGACGGCGACGCUGAAGCAACGACAGAGGAUGUCGAGGAUGUCGAGGAGGCAAUUCAGAAGGUGACUCCUGAGGAUCCUGAGAAAGAGACGGAGGUGGUGCUUUGUGACGGUGCGGUGAGGUACCAAAUGAUCAAGAGGGCUGCGGAGCGGAGUGCCCGCAUAGGCGACGGUUGCAGCAUCGCUUACCGCACGGCCGAAGGUGAACCCCUUUCAGAGGCUGUGUUGGGUGCUGCAACUUUGCCCUGGGCCUUGGAAGUCACCGCGCGACGACUUCAAGUGGGAGACGUGGUGGAUGUCGUGGCCACCGGGGAACAUGCCCUGGCCGACGAUGACACCUUGGACCACGGCGCUUCCUCCUCCAGAAAAUGGCGCUUUGAAGUUGCAACAGUCAAAGGCACUGCUCAAGAUAAGUUCCGCCUUACCGUGGAGGAGCGAAUCGAAGUGGCACAGCAGCUGCGUGAGAGGGGCAACGCGAUGUUGAAACAAGGACGUUUGCUGCGUGCAUGCGACCACUACGAACGCGGCUCCGGACUGAUGGACGUCAUUGAAGCCGAGGACAUGGGAAUGCCAGGCUCCAAGAAGGAUGCCACAGCAGUGGCCAACAACCGACGACUCCGAGAGUGUCAACAGCCUUUGCUGUUGAACUGGGCCUUGGCGCUUAUGCGGAGGAAGCAGUGGCACGAGGCCGAGCGCAAGUGCUCGGAGGUGCUUCUGGACAUCGACGGCGCCUGCGUCAAGGCGCUCUUCCGGCGCGGCCAGUGUCAAGUGCAGCUGGGCAACUUGGAAGAUGCUAAGAAGGACUUGCUGAAAGCCCGCGAUCUUGAGAAUUCCAUCGCGGACACUUGGCUGUCGCCGUUGACAUACCCGGUGUUCAGUGACUAA